GCCGUGGUUAUUUUGCCAUUGAAUCAGAUGACGAGUGUCAAUCACCAGCUCCUCCAACGACGGCACGCGGUUGCACGCACUUGCUUGCAAAGACGAGCUGGUGUCCUCCCGAACCACUCACGCCAACCAAGGAACACCCACCCGAUUCAACCAUGAGCAGCAUCGUCGACGUGGAUGAGGUGGUGCCCACGAGCCCGAACGCUGCUGCACCCUCCCCACAGUCAACGCGUUCCACGCAGCGUGGGGAAGAGUGCGUGGUGGAUUUCUCGUUCUCGCCACCGACUGGCGCAUCUGUCGUCGAUGACGAUGGUGAUGAUGGCGAUGCUGUCAGCAACGGCGUGCAUGGAAGGGAGGCGACAUCACUGAGCGAUAAGCAGGCGCAGGUGAAGUCGAAGCAGCAGCGAGUGGCCAACAAGUUCUUCCAAGGCGACCCAGAGCUGGUGUUUGAUCCGAGGGUGUUGGGCACGCUGGCCGAUGAUGCCGAGCAGCAGAGCAACGGUGGAAGCGAACACCACCGCGAGAGCCAGUUUGCACUGCCGGAGACCACGCGCCACCCAACUGUGCUCCAGUUCUCCGAUGUCACCUACGAAGUGGAUGUGACAAAAGGCGAGCAUAAGGGUGUGAAACAGAUCCUGAAGGGCCUGAACGGCGAAGUGAAACCAGGCCAAGUUCUCGCCAUCAUGGGCGCCUCGGGUGCAGGCAAGACGACGCUGCUGAACAUGCUGGCCGGGCGGUUGUCCGCAGCUGGACACGGACGCAGUGGCGGGUCCAUUCUGGUCAACGGGCAGAAGCGCAACUUCAACACGUUCCGGCAGAUCAGCGCAUAUGUGUUGCAGCAGGAUUGCUUCUUCCCCACCCUCACCGUUCGCGAGACCAUCACCCUCUCUGCCAUGCUGCGGCUACCGGUGCAUAUGUCACGCGAGGCGAAGCUGGCGCAGGUGGACGGUGUCAUUGCAGAGCUUGGGUUGACCAAGUGCGCAGACACGUACGUGGGCAACGAGCUGAUUCGCGGCGUGUCUGGCGGUGAGAAGAAGCGCCUCAACGUCGGCACAGAGCUGGUCACUAACCCCUCGUUGCUCUUCUUGGAUGAGCCAACCACAGGCCUCGACUCGUUCAACGCACAGAACGUCAUGCAGACACUGCUCACCCUCGCCAAGAGCAACCGCACCAUCAUCGCCACCAUCCACCAGCCGCGCUCGUCCAUCUUCCAGAUGUUUGAUCUGCUCAUGCUCCUGUCUGAGGGGUGCAGCAUGUACUUUGGACCGGCAGCAGAUGCUGUUGGCUACUUUGGCAGCAUUGGGUACGAGUGCCCUGAGGAGUUCAACCCGGCCGACUACUUUCUCGACCUCAUCUCGCUUGAUCAGCGCUCACCACGAGCCCAGCGCACGACGCAGAAACGCAUCGACUACAUCGGCGACCGUUUCUUGGCCUACCAGCAGCAGCACCCCGUGGUGACGGACGUGAGCGAUAUCCUCACCAAGCAGGCGCGCCAGAGCGAGCUGGGCGGCAGCGCUGGCAAGCCGCCGCCAAAGUACACGACGAGCUUUGGGCGGCAGGUGGCGCUGUUGACGCAGCGGUCCAUCCGGGCCACGCUGCGCGACAAGAUCAACAACUUCUCCAGUCUUGGCCAGACGCUGCUGUUCUCCAUCAUCCUCGGGGUGAUCUGGCUGAACGAGGGCGACGGCAUUUCCAGCAACUCUGUGCAGGCCAUCGCCGGCGCCCUCUUCUUCGUCGUCGUCAACCAGUCCUUUGGCAGCAUCUUCGGCAUCCUGUUUGUGUUCCCUGUUGAGCGCGUUGUGGUGUUGAAGGAGCGUGCGUCGCGGUCCUACCACGUCGGCGCCUAUUUUUGGGCAAAGACGGUGGCCGAGUUACCGCGCACGUUCCUGCUGAAUCUUCUGUUUGCCGUCAUCACCUACUUCAUGGUCGGUCUUCGAGAUGGCGCGGACCAUUUUUUCCUCUUUGUUGUCAUCGUCUUCUGCGUCUCCCUCACGGCUGAAGGCUUGGCCCUCAUCGUCUCAGCGAUUGCGGACGACCCUCAGCAAGCAGGCGCCAUUGCUCCAGCCUUCAUCGUGACGAGCAUGCUGUUUGGCGGAUACUUUAUUGGCGUGAACCAAAUCCCGAGCUGGCUCUCAUGGCUCUCCUACCUCUCCUUCCUCAAGUACGGCUUUGCUGCCAUCAUGAUCAACGAGUUUGAUGGCCAGCCGCUGGACCCGUCGUGCGCCAUGUCAAACAACGGCACCAACAGCACGGCCAUGGACGAUGGCGGGCCGCUCUGCUUUGCCGCUGGUGGCGAUGUCCUCAACUACUUCAACCUGGACGAGCUCUCGCUUGGCGUCAACAUCGUCGUGCUGCUGGCCAUGGCGGUUGGCUUCCGGCUCAUUGCGUAUUGGAUUCUUCGCGUCAACGGACCCGUCUACGACCACAGCCUCUAGUCGCAACAACAGCCAACAGCCAACACCAACAACAACAACAACAACAACAACAACAACAACAACAACAACAACAACAAC